AUGUCAAAGGAACUUGAUGCUCUUCAGCUUAUGUAUACAUGGGAUCUUGUUCCUCUUCCAUCUGGUAUUACUCCUAUCAGUUGUCGGUGGAUCCAUCGAGUUAAGACCCAGGCAGAUGGUAGUAUUGAGCACCAUAAAGCGCGUCUUGUUGCUCAUGGUUUUGCUCAAGAGUAUGCCAUUAAUUAUAAGGAGACAUUUGCUCAUGUGGCCAAGUUGACUACUGUUCGUCUUUUUUUCACUAUUUCUGCUGCUCAUCACUGGCCACUUCAUCAGUUAGAUGUGACUAAUGCCUUCUUACAUAGAGAUCUUUUUUAG